CUGAUCUCGUCCGACGUUCCGUUUCACUCAGCCUCCCGACUGCUCGCUUGCUCGCUUCUCGAGAGGACACGCAAGAUUCGCAAAAAGAAGCCACGAUCGGACCGAUCGACGGAUCGCUACGAGUAAUUUGAGGCAGGAUCCGCGACGUAGUGAGAGUGCGCUAGUGUGAUACGCUCUAUUGACUUGGACCAAGAUAUCGCGGAUAACGAUCGGCAGACCAUUCCUUCACGUUGUUCGAGAUCGGACGGUGGCAAAACGCGAAAGGAAAAAACGACAAAGCAGAAAUCUAGCGAUAAUAAACAGAACCACGUGGCACGCCCGUUUAUUGUUACCGAAGGAACACAUCCGUGAAAACUGAACCGAAAUACACGAGUUUUGUUCGCGAAAAUCGAUGAUUUCAGUUUUCAAGAAAGUGGAAUUAAAUUCGUCGAUUCGACUCCGGUCGAACGAGCCACCAGAACAAUUAUCCAAGUGAUCUACCACCGGAAAGAUCUUUCCGCUUCUCUCCGAUGGUCGAUAUAUGAAACUCGCAUUUGAAAGUCGCGAAGAUGGACUUCAAAUAGGAGCAAAUUACCGGCGUUCGAGUUUCCUCGAAUCUUUUUGCGGCUCUUCUGCUACGAGUGUUCUUACUAUGAGCGUUUCCUUAAUCCUUCUCUCGCUCGUUCUGAACGCCUUGUCGCGCAAAUAAGAAGGUGAAUGUAUCGAACCCCUUCCAUUCUUUUUAUUGCACCCCCCCACCGUGAGUAAAGCACCUUAACGCAGCAAACGUUCCCUCGAGAACGCAAACAGCGAUUGCCGAUCUUCGCGAGAUUCUUUAUCGGAAAGGAGCUUCUCUACCUCUCGUAAUACGAUGACCGGCAAAAGGAUACAGCACCUGCUGUACACCCUGCUAGCGAUCAUCGGCAUCAUCCGUCGAAGCAAAUGCGAGCUUCCCGUCGAUCCAUUCGAGGGGGCCGAACAUGACGAGUACCUCAACGAGUAUUUAUUUUUUGACGAGAGCAAGUACCUCGCCGAACUACAGGAGUUUGACGAUACGAUGCUCGAAAUUGAUCUGAUCAAUCGUAACAGAAGGCACAGAUUGACGCACGAGGAACCUAGAGUGCUGUACCAAAUCGGGGACAGCGAGAAGGAAUUACCGGAGUGCGCGGACCGGAGCGAGGUAUGUAGCAAGGUGGAUUUAUAUGGUGCACCGUGGGUCGAGAGACAAUGUCGUUGUCCGAACGGCCGUGCUUGCCCCAGCAGUCUUCACGGCGACGACGGACACACGAUCGUCGAUAAAACGCGCCGCUACAAGCUCUGCGAACCCGUGAAACGACUUCCCAUCUGUCGUUACUUCAAGGAUAUUACGUGGACACUGGCACCCGGGGGUGGUCCAGGAAACGCAACGGUACAACGAGUUCACUGCCGAUGUCGACCAGGUAGUGUGCCGUACCUAGUGCGAAGACAACCGCACAGAUCACCGGACGGAAAUGAAGGCUUCAUCUACGCCUUCGCUUGUUCCCCGCAAAGCAGAAUACGAUGCCAGCACAAGGAACCCUGCCGUCUAUUCACCGUACGCAAAAGACGUAACUCGCAGCUCGAAGAGGUGAACGCCUCGCCGCUCUGCCAAUGUCCGAGAGGACAUCGGUGCCCCCGACGACACACGGAUCCCGGUUCCUUGCCGGCAAGGUCCUACGCUGGUGUCUUAGAGAUCAAGACUUACAGCGGUUACUGUAUACGCUACCAUGACCUCGACAAAGUGUCUUACGACGUCUGAGAGAGGCCGAAUCAUCAUAAUACUUCCGCUCCCGAUAUAUCUGCAGUCGAUGAUCCAUGAUAUUUGUCAUUUGCCGGCGUUAGCUUUAACGCGAAUUUAUUAUGCGUUCCCGUAAGAAAUGGCACUACGGUCGAUUCACUUUCCACAACUUAAGCGCAAAAAGCAUUUGUUAGCAAUUGACGCUUGCUCGCCGCCAACAUUACCGAAUCAUCAACGAGUAUGUUUAUCUGGAAAAUCGCUCAAGCAAGAAUUUUCCGUACGAUGAUGAGCACAAAUCUGAACGCGAGCAAACGAGAGAUAACGAGGGAAGUCGAUAUAUUGUAACUGACCGUGUAUCAACCAUACGAUGCCGUGCCAUGUAUAAUCUCUAGAGGCGUUGACAAAUGUUGAAUGUAAAAAGUAUGUACAAAAACGUAGAGAUAAGAGAUAUGUGUCAUGCCGCCUAUAUACAAUUUGUACAGUACGUUCAAAACGCCUCAUAUUCCCCCAAUAAUUAACGUAGCAGUAAUUAUCGUAUUGUAACAUUGAUGAGCAUCUUCUUAGUGCUAUCAAUUUUAUAAUCGCUUCAUGCAAUGUCACAGGCUUUGCAACUGUACUCGUUGUAAUUUGUACAUACCUAUCUCUGAUCUUCCGAAAAUAUUCUUCGAGGAACGUGUUGUACAUGGUAGCGUUGUAAAAUGAUCAACAAGAAACUCUCAAUGUUAUUUGUUAAUUUUACUUUAAUUUAAUAAAAUAUAUACGACAAU